GAAUAUACUGUUUUUCAAUAAUUGUAUACGCUCGUUUUAACAAAUUACAACAGCCUUUAUUUAAACAGUGGUCCAGUCAAUAUAAUGUGCCUUAUUUCGUCAGAACAGCAAACAUAUUUUUCUUUUUAUUAGUAUAUGAACAUGUGGAGAACCUUCUGAAACAACAGUGUCCUUAAAUAUAGUGUAAAAUUGUGAAUGCAGCACAAGAUCUGUUUGUGAGGUGACAUUUUUGUAGUAAACUCUAAGUUGUUGUAAAACCAUGGAGUUUCAAGCCGUUGUCAUGGCAGCGGGCACUGGCUCCAGAAUGACUGACCUGACUUCUCGAUGUCCGAAAGCCUUGCUUCCAGUUGGCAACUAUCCCCUUUUGUGGUAUCCAGUCAAUGCAUUGGAAAGGGCUGGUUUUGAAGAGGUUAUAGUGGUGGUGUUGGAGUCAUUUGUCGGAGAGGCACAGAGACUGUUGUGUGAAGUGUGUGAUGUUAAAAUUAAGAUUGAUUUUGUGUGCAUACCAGACAGUGACUACCUCGGUACUGCUGAUUCGCUACGUUCAAUAAAGGACAAAAUUAAGACGGAUGUUCUUGUUGUCAGCUGUGAUUUGAUAUCCGAUAUCAGUCUGCACCAAGUUGCUAAUAUUCACCGUGCUUAUGAUUCCUCCAUCACCAUGUUGUUAUCUCCCCUUCCUGAACAGUAUGCUGAUGUGCCUGCUCCGGGAGUGAAGUCCAGAAAGAAAGCAGAGCGAGAUUUUAUUGGUUUUGAUGAAAGUGGGAAGAGAGUUUUGUUUCUCACCUCAGAGGCAGAUUUGGAGGAGUACAUAACUUUCAAGAAAUCUCUCUUAAAAAAACAUCCUUAUAUUAACAUCAGAUCAAGAAUAACAGACUGUCAUCUUUACUUUAUGAAGAAAUGGGUUGUUAAUUUUGUUGCUGAAAACAAAAAAAUUUCCACAAUCAAAGGUGAAUUAAUCCCAUAUUUAGUGAAGAAACAGUUUUCCAAAUCAAAACCACUGGAAGUUCCGCAGCCUGAUGUUUCAUUAGCUUCCAUGGAUACAAAGUCAGAUAUCCACAGUUUUACUAGUGAAGAUCAGCUGACACGCAUGGUCCGGGACCUUUCAACAUGGAUAGACCAUGAAGGAGACAUGGAAGAAUGUUUCCAUGGUGACAACAUCCGGUGCUAUGCAUAUAUACAAGAAGAAGGUUUCUGUGUUCGUGUAAAUACACUUGGAACAUAUUGUGAAGCAAACAGACAGAUACCAAGGCUUCUGGGUACUCUAGCACCUAACAAAGAGAUUAACAACAUUCACCCCUCCACAACAAUCAAAGAAAAGUCACAGAUAGGCAGUGACUGCCUUGUUAGUGAAGGAGUGUCAAUUGGAGAGCGUGUGUCUGUGAAAAGAUCAGUGAUUGGCCGCCACUGUAGUUUAGGGGACAAGGUCAAGGUUGCCAAUUCUGUUAUAAUGGACCAUGUUUCUAUCCUUGAAGGAUCGACGAUCACUGGCAGCAUAGUGUGUGAUAGAGCAACCAUUUGUGAGAAGUGUGAACUGAAGGAUUGUAUUGUUGGGCAUUCAAAAACUAUUAUUGCUAUGGGUAAAUUUACAAAUGAAGCUAUAAUUGAUGUUGACAAGAUGAUGGAAAUUUGAAAAACGUAUGUAGUGUGCUGGAAACAAAAGUUCUUUCAGGACACAACAAUUUAAAAACUGGUCACCUGUGUUACAUUCAUUAAGAGGUGCUGCUGUGGGAAUAUAUUGCCAUACAAUCCAAUAAGACAGAACAACUGACAUGGUUAGCUGAACUGCCAAUAACAAAACUAAAAUGCAAUAUCAUGACCAUACUUUACCCACCUAUCUUGGCACUAAAAUCACCGUAAGUACCUAACUACGUUGUAGUUAAGGUGUUUUAGUGCUACAGUCACUCUGUUAAAUUUUGGCCUUGGGGCCUAAUUCACUAACCGCUCACAACUUUGCAGUCUCACAGUUCAAUGCAAAAAGAAAUGCAAGAACAAUGCGAUAUUGAUUAAUAGAGCCUUGUGAAUUAGGCCCAUGGACUAAAGAAUGGACCUGUUUUUAAGAAGUGUUGCACUAACAUGAGGAGUGACUGUUUUUAUGUCAGCAUUUCAAACCAUUGGUUUAAAGAGGAAUGAUCAAUCUUGCACUCAUUGAAAGUGAUUAUUUUAAUGUCUGGUCACAAAUCACUUGUCUCAUGAAUAAAUGAUCUGUCACAGAACAGUAGUCUAUAGCAAACAAACAAAUGAAUAAACAGAAAUAUUUAUGAUUGUUGGAAAUAUGUUUUGGUAGCAAAAGAAUAAGAAUGAAAUACAAUACCAAACUUGCUUAUAUCUGCCUCAAUUGAGCUCCCACCUGUGUUGAAAGGCUAGUUUUGCAGCAUCCUGCCUUAGAUGACCAUUUAACAUAUAUUUAUGUCAUUGGGACUGCUUCCUCGUUUUUCAUAUAUGGUGAAAAAGCUAUGGUGGGGUACUGUUUACUGUAAAUGUGAUUUCAUUUUUUAAAUAAAACAGUUUACGUAUUUAAAAAUAGGUUUUUGGUGUAUUUAUAACAAAAACUUAAAUAAAUUGAAAAUGUCAUCCAUG